AUGGCUGUAUACUCCAAGAAGAUUGGCAUUAUUGGCGGUGGCAUUAGCGGCGUAGCAGCAGCCAAACAGCUCUCAAAACACGAGCCGGUUGUGUUCGAAGCCACCGACUCUCUUGGAGGAGUUUGGAAACAUUGUUCUUAUAGGUCUACAAAACUCCAAACCCCUCGUUGUGACUAUGAAUUCUCAGAUUUUCCUUGGGAACAAAGAGACAAUUCGAGUUUCCCGUAUUCUGGGGAAAUUCUCGACUACUUGUACUCUUAUGCUGAGCAUUUUGAUGUGCUUAAAUUUGUAAAAUUUAACACAAAGGUGGUCGAAAUCCGCUUCACCGGUGACUGGGAAUCGAAAUCUGAUGAAUAUGGAAUCCCCUUGCCUGGAAAACCGGUCUGGGAAGUUGGUGUGCAGACCAAUAAUUCCCAAACCAUUCAGUGGUAUGCAUUUGAGUUUCUGGUGAUCUGCACCGGAAAAUAUGGCGAUAUCCCUGUGAUACCUAAAUUCCCACAGAACAAAGGCCCUCAAGUGUUUCAAGGACAAGUUUUGCAUACUCUUGAUUAUUGCAAGCUCAACCAAGAAGAAUCUACGCAAUUACUCAAAGACAAGAAGGUCGUAAUCUUUGGAUACAAAAAAUCCGCCAUUGAUUUAGCAGUCGAAUGUGCAGAGGCAAACCAAGGUCCACAAGGCAAACCUUGCACGAUGGUCGUACGAACCUUACAUUGGACUGUUCCGCAUUACUCUAUAUGGGGUUUGCCAUUUUACAUGUUCUAUUCAACUAGGGCAUCCCAAUUUCUACAUGAAACACCAAAUCAAGGAUUCCUUAGGUCCCUCCUUGGCCACUUGAUGUCUCCUAUGAGACGGCUAGCAUCGAAGAUAAUUGAGUCCUAUUUGACAUGGAAGCUUCCCUUGGAGAAGUAUGGAUUGAAACCCGAACACCCUUUUGAGGAAGACUACGCCUCUUGUCAAAUGGCUAUCUUGCCUGAGAAUUUCUUCGUGGAGGCUGAUAAGGGAAAUAUUUGCUUCAAACGAGCUUCAAAAUGGUGGUUUUGGGAAGGAGGAGUUGAAUUCGACGAUGGAACCAAAUUGGAUGCCGAUGUUGUGGUUUUUGCGACUGGUUUUGAUGGCAAGAAAAAACUGAAAACUAUUAUUCCCGAGCCCUUCCACAGUCUACUUCAAUUCCCCUCUGGAAUGAUGCCCUUAUAUAGGGGAACAAUCAAUCCAUUGAUUCCUAACAUGGCAUUUGUGGGUUAUAUCGAGAGCGUUUCAAAUCUCCACACAUCAGAGAUACGCUGCAAAUGGCUAUCUCGACUUGUAGACGAUCAAUUUAAGCUCCCAAGUGUGGAGAAAAUGCUUGAACAAACCACCAAAGAAAUGGAAAUUAUGAAGAAAACAACGAGAUUCUUCAAGAGAAGCUGCAUUUCGACUUUUAGCAUAAAUCAUAGUGACGAAAUCUGUGAAGAAAUGGGAUGGAGAUCAUGGAGGAAGAACAACUGGGUUGCUGAAGCUUUUAGCCCGUACAACAGCCAAGAUUACGACGAGAAAAAAUGA